AUGGUCAACCUACCCAAUGAGAUAAUCCACCAGAUCAUCCACGAGUACAGAGAAGCCGGGGGUUAUUCCGGUCUACGACGUUUGUCGUCGAUAAACCGCAACUGGCAGAUCGUUGUGGAAGACUACAUAUGGCGCCAUCUACGACUAAGGCCGCGCGAGAUCGGAUGCUUUCGUUCAGCAUUCCGUGGACACGCCAGACGCAGACGGGCGCUGCGAAAUCUGGAUAUCCGGUUUGAGGGGUAUUUCGCACGGGAAGAGCCAAAGACGGAGGGGCAACGCCACGCCGACGAGAGUGACGCCGACGAGGAGAGCGAGGAGGCAUCGUACUGUGCUCCGUGGUGCGACGUCUGUCCCCGUGGGGAGUGCAAGUGGAACACGACCACCUUUACUGGCGAUGGCACGGUUCUAGCGGAGGAUGGUAAAAGCGAUUCUUCUCGUAUCCGUCUCGCUGCCGCUCAGAAUGAGCAUGCGCGCUUUUUUCGCGAGGUCAAAGCAAUCUGGGACGAGCUGGCUAGCUGGGAAGACGACCUGCGCGUUGACAGGGUCGAUUUCCAUGUGACAGGGUUCUCGGUGUACAAGUUUGUUGGCCCGGACGUGUGCAACGGAGAGUUCCCUGAGGACGGCACGUUGAUGGAUUUAUCUAGCCUUCCUAAGCUACCUUUGCUGCCGUCUGUGAAGUCGCUGUGGGUCCGGGAGGAAACUAACGAGGAAAUCGACCUCUGGCCAACGAUAGUGACGUGCAGCGUUGCGAGUUCACUACCUAGGCUCGAGCGCCUGGAGACCGUAGGCGUAGAUUACGAGAUAGGGUGGCCGGUGGCUAGAAGGAGUCUUCGUCACGCACUCGCAGACCAGAUAUCGAGGCUUCCCACGUCUCUGAAAACUCUAUAUAUUUGUCUCGAAUAUGGGGACAUCAAAAACCAUGAAGUGCAACCACCCAAUUUCUUGAGAGGCAACUUGGAUUGUCUGUCGAGAUCCAUACGCCACGUCUCCGCUCAUCUGACUACACUCACUAUACGUGUUAGUUUCAUAUCUGCGGCAAUGUUCUGGGACUCUGAUGCGUCACCUGCCACUUCUCUUGUCGCAAGGUGGCCCAACCUUCGAAUCCUUGAUAUUAGCACCGGCCUUGAAAGGCCAUCCGGGGAUUAUUGGCUCUGUCCUGCCGCAAAUUACCCUGAGCACGAGCUCUACGACUGGACCGAUCUCGAAACUUUGUACCCAGACGAUGGCAAUGAUGAGGACGACGAUUCAGAAAGGUAUCGAGCGGUUGGCGCAUGGCCGGCGCGGCGAUUCCUCACGCGGCCCGAACCCGCGUUCUUCGACGAACUUGCCAUUAGCAUGGCUCGUGCGGUAACGUGCAUGCCGAAACUCGAAUACCUGGACUUGGAGUUCAAUGCUUCGCAUCAGGGAGAUCUCGAGCCUGAUGUCACCCUUUUUCAUCAGGGCUCUGGCCACAAGGGUGGCCUCCAGCACACCUUCCACCAGUACGAGGGCUGGACGUUCUACUUCCGCGCGUCCAACGAGGCAAGAUCGUACGGAUAUAGAGCGACCGCGCACUGA